ACUACUUCUAAAGGACGGACGGACAUAUUUUUUGCCAUUACACGAAUAGCAGCAGCACACGACGUGAUGGCAUUUUUCAAAAUUUUGCUCUUAUUGUGCCUAUUGUGCACCGCUGUGCAUUGUCUUCCCGCCGGAAGGAGUGAAGCUACACAAGGUGCCAAGGGUAUAUGCAGUCAGUUUUACAAACCCAGAGGGGGGAUAACGGCGUGGUGCUUGAUCUGCACCGGGUUCGACCCAUCAUGUUUCACCACUUCGACCACCACACCGCCCACCACCACCACUUCUACAAGCACCACUACCACGACCACAACCCAUAAACCUCCUCCUCCCACUAAAGCCACUGAAAGUCCUGAAUAAACAAAAAAUAUCAAGUUCAAAUUUAAAAAUAUAUCUUUAUCCAGUAGGUAACAUAGUUACACUUUGAAUCGUCAAUUUUAACGUAACAAACGUCUCAUCCACUUAAAACUACAGUAGAGCUAAUUUUAGUCCUGUCAAAUUAAAUUAAAAAUAAGUGGGUGGUUGCCCGAAUCGGCACCAUUUAUCGUUAAAAAGGUUAGUAAAAAGUUAGUAAGUAAACUUAUAUUAUUUCCAUUUACUUUUUGAAUAUUUUAUGUGGAUUAAGGCACGCAGAACACACGCUAGUGUGAUCACGGCCUUAGACCAGCGCCUAGUUACAUUGUACUUAAGUUUUCGCACAAAAAUACGCAGGUCAACUGGAAGAAAUCUCUUUGUUUAGAGAUAAGCUUACCCGUACUAUCAGUUUUUUUUGUAUGUUCCUUGUGUCUGUUUUACUGUGUGCAAAUAAAUAAAUAAUAAAAAUAAUAGAUUUAAUAAUUUUGAUACAUUUAAACGGUAAAGGGUUGUUUUAGUAAUUAUUAUUUUUCAAAAAUACUUUUUACUUUUUGUGAGUGUUGAAUUACACACGUUUAUAUAAUAUAA